GAUAAAUUGGGGGGGUGAAUAGAAGAAAGGAGAGAAGGGGAGAAAGAAAUGAAAGGGAGAUGGAGGAGGAGAGUGAGAGAGAGAAGAGGGUGACCAAACGGAGGGAGGGAGGGGGAAACGGCGUAUGCUUGUAUACAACCCUGAUUUCCAUUUUUUUCCCAACUCGUAAUGUAUUUAAUUCAAGUGAAACGUAAUCAUGACGUGUCGUGUCAUUAAUCUCCUCGCCGCCUCUCCCGAAAUUGUUGAAGGAGGCUGCCUCAGAAGUGUAUCCACCCUUGGCCGAGACACUAAAGAAUGGCAUAACAUCACACACACUGCUGAGGAUGGAUUCUCCACCAGAGUGUGUGUUGUCUCUUACUUGUGAGCAGCCCCAGUCACCACAAACGCUGCCAUCUCUUGACCACAGCCCUCAAGCCUCUUCUCCUCUUCCCGACAGCCCGGUUGUCCUGCCGAUCCACAGCCCUGAACCUUCCCCGCAGAGUCCCGACACCACGCCGUAUUUCCCUCUCUCUCCCUUCCCCUUGCAAGAGGUCAACAAUAACGACGGCCUUGAUCUUGAUGGAGAAGAUUGCGAAGAAGAACUAGAUGGAAUACCUCCAUCCCCGACCCCAGCAGUAGCUUUGUUUCCAGGGGGAAUCACUCAAGAUGCGGGAUGCGGCCCCGGUUUGGAUUCUUCCCCAGCAGACACACCAUCAGCUCCGUUCCUUGGGUAUGGCGCCCUUGAAUUGGCUCUUUCUUCAGGACAGGGUGGAAACUGCAGUGAUGAGCUAGAUCUCCAACUUUUUCAGAAGGAAACUGGUACCAGGGCCACACCUGGAGCUGGAGGGGCCUCGCCUGGGCCUGCACUCAAGUUUCCCUGUCAUGUGUGUGGGAAGAGGUUUCGUUUCCAAAGCAUCUUGUCGCUUCACGCACGAGCACAUAGUUUGGACCGAGACCGAAGAGCAUCAUCACUAUACUGUACUAGACCCCCCUCAUCUUCACUGAAGCAACACCUCAAAAUCCAUCAGAACCACAAAGACUUGUUUUCCAAUCACAGAAGUCGCUCAAAUCAGCGCUUACUGCCAAAAACUCUCAUUCAGCACCUCACAGGGGAGGAGGAUGUCAAUGGAGAGGACAAAGGUUUAGAUGAUAAUCUGAAGACGGACCAGAACCCAAACUUUUUACUGGAUGACAGCACACCUUUGACCCCUCCACUCACAGAAGACCCCAUAUCUGUAACCUCCCCCUAUUCUUCUACGGGCGAGGGCUCGUAUGUUGCUACGCCACCUACGUUUCGCUGCCAUGCCUGCAAAGGAAAAUUCCGCACAGCUUCUGAACUGGCGCGUCAUGUCCGCAUCCUCCACAACCCGUACAAAUGCACCCUUUGUCCUUUCUCUGCCAGCCAAGAAGAGAGUCUGGCGUCUCACUUGCAGGAGUGCCACCCAUCCCCUGAGGUGUCGGCCUUGACAACAUCCUUAAACUGCAGGACCAUCAUUGACACACCAGUGCCCACCCCAACCCAUACCCCUGCCCCGACCCCAAGUAACCCUCAGAUCACAUCGGCCGCUGGGGUCUCUGCACCCUCCUCAGUGCCAGCAUUUCGCUGUGAUACUUGUGGCCAGAGAUUUACUCAGUCCUGGUUCCUGAAGGGACACAUGCGAAAACACAAGGAUUCCUUAGACCAUAAGUGCCAGGUGUGUGGCCGUGGCUUUAAGGAACCUUGGUUCCUCAAGAACCACAUGAAAGUUCACCUUAACAAGCUUGGCCUCAAAGCCGGACUGGGAACCCAUGGUAUUCUUGGGAGUGCUGAGCAGCAGUCCAAGGGCUCUGCUAGUACUCACACCCUCAACUCUUUGUACUCAAGCUUGCUCAUGGCCCAGCGAGGAGGUGGAGCCAGAGGUGGACAAGGAAGAUCUGACAGAGAAACUGGGGGUAGGAUUGACAUGAGCUUAAGCAAGUCAGCCAUCCUGGGAUAUCUUGGCUUACCCAGUGAUGGCAGUGGGGCCAGUUGCAUGGAAAGGCUUCAAGCAGCAGCUCAGGUGGCAGAGAUGGGAAAUAGCGGUGGAGGCAUUAGUGGAGGCGGCGACCCUAGCAGAGGAGGGGGAACAUCCAGAGGAGGUGGCACAAGUGAAACCACGUCAGCUAUUUCAGAAGGAGGAGACCAGGCAACUUGGUGGCAGCUGGUUGCUCGCAGCCUGGCCAUGACUCAGCACCAGCAGAGGCCACAGCAACGAGGGCAGCAACGAGGGCAGCAGCAAGGCCAGCGAGCUCCAGGUCGAAGUUCAGUGAUCACAGAAGCAGACCAAAUCAGGGCCUACCGAUCAGGCCUAGAUCCCAGAGGAGAAACGGGAGGAACUGGAGGACCAUGGGAAUGUCCAGACUGUGGAAAGUUGUUCCGCAGCCUGCAGCAGGUGGUGGUGCAUGCUCGCGUCCACACUCAGAGGCUACAGAAUCGUAAUGCCAGCGAAGAAGAGGGGACUGCUAAUCGAAGAGGAGGGGGGCUAGGAAGAGGAGGCGCCAGUGAAGUGAGACCGGAAUCCCAACUUCACAGCAGUGGAUCCCAGCAAAUGGGAGAUGUAAGACAGGAAUCAAAAUCGAACAGUGGUGGAUCUCAGCAAACAGGAACAGUCACAGGAUUUCACUCUGUUAUUUCAAACUUCAAAGGAGAAAACGGCUUCGCAGCAGUCUCCUCCAUGCCCUCAGUUCCCACCAGGGAGCGGGUGCGUGGCAGAGGGAUAAAAGACUGCCCCUACUGUGGCAAAGCCUUCCGCUCUUCCCACCAUCUCAAAGUGCACCUGAGAGUUCACACAGGUGAGAGACCUUACAAAUGCCCCCACUGUGACUAUGCAGGCACUCAGUCUGGGUCACUGAAGUACCACCUCCAGCGGCACCACAGGGAGCAACGCAAUGCCUUAUCAGCUUCCUCCAAUUCCUCCUCUGGCCCCACUUCCAGCAUCCACACAUCUGGAACCCCUGGACUGGUCAAGCAGCGUCGAUCGCAACUCAACCAUGGCUUGAUUAACCGAGGCACAGCUGAUACACCCACUUUGCGGUCCGGCCAGCAGUCCUGGCUCCUGGGCCUUCCAGACCAACGGGAGCACCGGAAGGCUUUGGCGGCUUUAAGGGAUGUUGACUUGGAGACCCAGUACAGGUAUCUGUCUGGGGUUAUGGGGGCACUGUACCAAGGAGGAAUGGAAGGAGGUUGGAUCAGAGGGUCCCCCCCACCAAAGACUACUAAAGUGUCCCGACGUAAGCCUCUCACUACUAGUCGAAUGGUUCAGCCACAAACUGACAAGGAUGAACCCACGCCAUCGACUCAGGAGGGAGGGUUUGAACCUUUGGAUCUUUCUCGUCGCACCUCGCCCAGCCAUGGAGGGAUGGAGGAGAAUGAAAGCAUUAGUCCAGGAGAUGGAGGAGUUGUGUUUGGUGUGGAUGGUGGAAGGGAUGGCUCAAUAGGGGUUAAACUGAGCCAGUGUUUGUUUUGCCCUUUCCAUACAUCAUCAGCAGAGUUGAUGGCCAUGCAUACCCAGGUGAACCACACAAGUAAGUCCAGGCGCAAGAGAGUCUCCUCAACUCUCCUGGAUGAUGACAGAGCCCAAAGGGCCACCAAGCCAAGGAUGGAUAACUCCGACCUUGAUCCUCUCACAGUAUGGAGACAUGUAAGUGAGGGAGAAUCCUCAGUUCCUGUGGGGCACUGGUCUUUAAAUCAGCACCAGACCUCCAACGGUCACUCUGAGGAUACAGCAGAUCACCUGGACGAUGCUUCUUAUCAGCAAGACUCUAUGGCUUCAUUGCCCAAGAAUAUAAGGGAGAGCCCAGCUGUCAAAGAAAAGACAAAGGAGGAAAAAGAAGACCUCAGUGAGGAAUUUGAAGAGAACAUGGAGAGCAGCAGUGUGGAAGAUUUGCAAGAUCGGGAUCUGAGAAUGUCCCUUGACCUUUCACCAGAUCUGAGCUCCAACCGCAUGGCAGCAGAGGAUGAGAAGGUCCUUACAAAUUAAAAGAGAGAUAGCUUCAGUGUUUUUAGCUGUACAUGUGAUUGAACCGAAGACAGGGAAUUUUGCAAAAAGGCGUCCCUUCAUAGUUUAAUUUAUGAAAAAACAUAGAGUCAUGAAGAUUGUUUCAGCAAAAUGGAGGGACAAAUGCUGCUUUAGUGUCCCCUCUAGUAUGAUUUGUCUACUUUUUUGUGACUGUUUAAUCCUCCACAAGAUACACUAAUAUUCCUGUAAUAUCAAAGGAGCAUGGACAUAACUUUUCAGGAUUUUUGUAGGCCGCUUUUUUGUAUUUUUCCCCCUCGAGAUUAACUCCAAGGUUGAUGCUUUUUGAGAUGACAUUGUAUUCAACAAACAUCUGCUAAGGGUCUAGCAUCAUUCCAGAAUCACAAACUUUAAGAUACAUUGCUAUAUGAGCAGUGUAUUCCUGACUAGUAUGCUGAGGGAGCUGAACAGGUAACUCUCCUGACUGAGCAGUUUGAUGCUGUCAGCUUCAGCUUCCUCCUCAAUCCACAAAAAGUUUCAAGCUAUUUGGCAUUAAUUUAAGGCAUGAGGUGACUGUUUCCUUGACUGUGUAUCACUGCCUUGUUUUUCAGCUCUGUGUUUAUCGAUUACUGUCCUAAAAAACUUAUCUGAAGAAAGAAAAGUUUGUAUUUUUUUUUUUGUUGUUGUAAUCAGUUAGUGCCUGUUCAUGUAUGUUGUUGAAAGAGUCUCUGGUGUUGCCCGAGUCUCACAUAGGUUGCUCAUUUUAUCUGAAUAUACAGUUUCAAAUGAUUUAAAUACAAUAUAUUUGUUAAAAGUGGUUCUAGGGUCUUGUGAAUAGUUGUAAAAGAAAUGCUAUGUCAUAGCGUAACGUUCUCGACACAGACUGUAGCUGGUUUGUGGUUCUUUUCAAAAAGAAUUUUUAACAAAGUAGACGAUGACAAAAUGUUUAACGACUACGAGAUAGAAAUGGGUCACAGUUUAGAACUCAGUGUUUACAAUGAUAGAGAUGUUGCGGUCCGUUAUAGUGAACAAACAAUAAAUCAAGGGUUUGUUUGACGGCUGUUGGGGCGAAAUUGACCCCUCUUUCACAAUCAGUUGGCACGUUGUUUUAUAAAAGAAAACAAACACUUUUUUGUUCCAGAUAGAGGAUAGAAAAUGAGAAAUAAAUACAGGGUCACUCCCAGACAAGACUACACGUGAGAAAUAUGCUGUUUUGGGUUAUGGUGUCUUAAACUUCUUUCUUUUCUGUAAAAAAAAAAAAAAAAAAGACAACGGUAGGAGUAAUUAUUAAAACACUAACACAUGCUUAGACAUCCCAGUAGUAUAUGUGUAGCUUUUGUAAAGACAAGAAAAGAAAAACCCACAGACUUUUGUUUAUCAUUUCAAGAUGCUUACAGAAAAAGGUUAUCAAUAUAGGUAUUAUUGAUUAUAAUGUUUGUGAGCUAAGACUAGUUGGAAUGUCUAUACAGAGCACUGUGCAAGGUUUGAGUUCCCAAAGUAGUUGUUUUUAUGUUGACUCUAUCGAUAGACCAAACCUUUUGUUUUUCCAAUGGCAGUUUUUGUUGUCAUUUUAAAUGUGUAAGUGUGUGGUUUAAGCAGAUUUACCCCAUCAAUUAGCAAACUGUUGGGCAGUGUAAUUGAAGCUCAAAGUAUAAGUAACUAUUGCUAUGAAGUAAGCCACAGAAUAUGUCAGAGAUUUGAAGGUAUAGCUAAUGAUAGUAGGUGGCACUGGUUACCGCCAACUAAUUAUCUUGGUAUUUGAUGGGGUAUAGGGCUUGUGGAGCGAUAUCAGAGCAAAUUGUUUAUGCUGUUAGCAGAAACAGUCUCCAUUACGAUUUGUACACAACUAUUUAAAAAUUAGCGUAGCACUACCAGAUGUUUCCGGAGAAUUUUUUUAAAUACAUUUAACAACCACAAGGUCUGAUAAUCUCCUGUCUAACUUAUGCCAAUGUGUUUUGUGUGUAGAACAUUGUGCUGAAGUGGUAAUGCUAAUGCUAAUACUAGCUUGCUUCCUCUUGGUGGAAUUUUGGAUGUAACUUUUUUAACAUUUCAAACAAUUAUCGGUCAAUUGUUAAAGUUUUACAUAUAAAACAAAAGAAUCAUACACUGAUCAUUUUAGCUACACUUAAAAACUGAUAAGACAAUAAAAAUGGAAGUUAGGAGGCUAUGGCUAGAUGCUUUCUCUUCAGUGUGAUUAUUUUAUUCUUUGACACCUUUUAACAUUUCAGACAAUUGUUACAGUUUUACAUUAAAACCAAAGAAGCCGAGGAAUGAUAAACUUUUCAUUUUAACUACAAUUUUUAACACAUGCAACAUUGCGGGUUCAGUUAAUGAGAAUAAAACAGAAAAUGUCUUUAAACCAAUCACUUGUUCUUUGUGGUACAAAAUGCACCCAAUGCGGAUAUAAAAAGACACAUAGUCAGUAUGAAAUGUCUGGUGGCAGAGAAAUCUUAACAAAGUACUUUUGCAAAAAUUGCAGGAGUACAAGAUUGCAAGGGUGCGAAUUAACUAGCACCCUGUACUUAAGGGUCCUGACCUGCCCAAGCUUAGUUUGGCUAUGUGUAAUGUAGUUUAACCAUCUGUACAUCAGCUGGUUGAAUACAUUAAGGAAUGUAUAACUUUAAACGUCCUCACCCUUAUGGUACUAGAUUUUAGAGACUCCACGGUGUUUUGGUGGAAUCUCUUAUUGCUGUACCCAUGUAACAUGGGCAUGUGAAGGCAUAUUGUCAUUAGAAAACGAUUCUCCAGCUUUGGCUUUACUAGAGAUUUGGCUUGGCAAAUAACCGGCUGUCACAGAUUCUGUAGAACUUUAAUUUCAUUAGUGCUGUAGCCCCAACAUGCAAUAUAUACAGCACAUGUGCACCUCUGCUACAGAUGUAAUUGCGACUAAAAUGUCACGGCAAUCCCCCAAUAAUAUAAUUACCUAAUCUCAUGCUAUGCAAAUGUUUCACUUAGUUUGCAUUCCAGAUGCUUAAAACUGAAAGUGAUCUACUUUCUGAUUAAUUUAUCUAAUAACUAUCUAACGACUUUUGGUCACUCAUAGACCAUUACAAUUUCUUUCACAUAGGGUUAACCUAGCCAUAAAUAUGAAAAAAAAUAAUGGAGAUGUCAUGGCAAAAUCAACAUACCCGGUCCUGACACAGCAGAACACUGCGAUCUCCACACCAUUGAUCCCAAAACACAUACACUAUUCAGAACGGGAGCGAAUCAGAAGUGACAGAAAGCCUUCAGAGAUGUGACAGAGCCUGAUAUUCCUCAAAAUCCCCUUGAAUUUGUCACGUUUCAGACUUAUGUAAGAAGUGUUUUUUAGUACGCCAGCAUACACGGCAAUAUGAUGAAAAGUAUGACGGCAGCUCUACUGAAAACAGUUUUUGAUGAAAACACGUCCACAUGUUGAGUUUAUUUAGAAUAUUCUCCAGUACUAUCUGGUGGCUCCAUACUAUGUGUACUCAAUGAUUCAGCUUAACUUAACAUUGGUUCUGACGUGAGCUACAAGAGCCCUUCUAGGAUUACUGCUACCACACCUUAAUGUGCAUUGUGUUUGGAGUCCGUUUUUUAGAGCACCUUAUGAGUUUUGUAGUGAAAAAGUCCUUUAGUGGUGUCUCCUUUACAACUACUAUCAAUGCCACCGUGCCUUCUGUUUCAAGCACUUCCUGGUGUAUUUUCUAAAACUCACCAAAAGCACUUAGCCUAUAUCACACUUUAACUUCUCUCCAUCUGUUUUCUCUCCAUUCAUUUCCAUCCAUUUUUAUCUUCAACCCUACCUGUCAUCACACUUCAUAUUCUAAUUGUUUUUUCCAAUGUCUUUGCUUCCUGGCUGAGCCCUCUCUCUGAUGGAAAGGUGUUUUCGUGCUAGCUUCUCCUACUCCUCAGGCCCCUUGGGCCUUAAACAAGGUCACUAGGCCUCAUUUUUACCCAGACUAAAAGAAAAUGGACUACCUAAGCCCUAGGCAAUUAAAAAUGACUGUAGCUGUAGGGUGAGGCUACUUGUAGUCAUAAUACUAAUCCUUGGUAAACCAAAGCCCGACUCUUUGAUUCUUGAAUGAUGUUUUUAACGUCAUGAGGUGCCAAAACAUGUCCAAUGUGACACUAAAGAUACAGAAGCUAGAGAAAGGAGAAUAAUUUACAAAUUCUCUGUUUCUUCUCAUAAUUUUUUUUUUUUUUUUCCAUCCCCUGCUUGCUCUUCCUCCAUGUCCUAAUCUCAUCCAUAAACUGUCUCUAUAGCACCACUUGAAGGUGACGUGUACUAUCUGGUAUUGAGGCCUUUAUUAGAUUUUUGUUUUCUUUUUGUGUGGUGUUUGUUCAAUGCCGUUGAGAUGGAAAAAUGCUCUUAUAAUAAGUAUUAUGUUUUUUGGCAUUAUGGUUAAAAAAAGCGAAAUGUAAUGUUGAAUGUUGUACAGAUAGCUCUAGAGAUGUUGUGUUUUUGUUUGUUUUGGUUUUUUGAGAGAGCACAAACUUGAGCGAUGGCCCCUUCAGCUUUUCCCACUGGCAGAUGGGAGUAAGAUCGCCAGCCAAUCAUUGUACUGUUCACAAUGGUCCUGUCACCAUGACAUAUUGAUGGACGCAAAGUGACGCUGAAGUUUACUGCUUUGAAAAAACAAUAAAGAUUCUGGUAAACUACAUCUUGAUGCUUUAAAAAGGCAAGAAAGCAGAUGUGAUUUUGUGUACCAGGAGCUAAAUUGACUUAAAAAAGAUAUUUCUUAAGGUAAAUUAGUAUGAAAUUGUUAUUCCUGGUUUAUGUGUGUUUAGUCCUCGCAUUUUUAACAUUCUAGGUGUAUGUUUCCAUUUCAUGCAAAAAAGAAAGAACUUGCUAUUUAUUUUGAAAGAAAAUGGAACACAUCUUAUUUAAAUGACUGGUUCAAGUUAGAAAAACCUUUUGAAAACAACCGUUUCUAAGACUUUUUGAAGCUUCAUCUCAUAUCAUGGUUUCUGUAUGGCAAUGUUGGUGGUUUUUUUUAACAUACUUUUUGUUUAAUCAGUUUUUAACAUUAGUCAUUACCUUGAAAUGACAAAUCUCCCAUGAGGUGAAGGGGCCAUGCUGGGUUUGGGCUCUUGUGUAGUUGACUGCCAUUGCAGUGAGGGAAAACUGACCUAACAUAGUAGUGACUAAUAUAACUUUGUGGACAAAUGAAAAAAAAAAAAAACAAGAAACACAUUAGAAAUAAAAACAUGGAAAGAAAAA